AUGUCUAACGCGCUGGAUCAGUUCAUCAUGGAAGAUGUGGCCCGGAAUUGCCCUCAGCAGUUCAUGGAAUACCAUAAAUGUGUAUCGAAAAACCGGGAAGACCCUUCCCAAUGCGCAUACAGACAAAGAGACCUAUCGGUGUGUAUAAAACAGAAAGUGCCAAGUGUGCAGAAAGUAAUGAGCCAUUGCGGGUCUUUAAUGGCCCAGUAUGAGACGUGUUUGCGUGAAAACAUGGAAACCAGAACAAUCAAUGAAAAUUGCAUCCCAUUAUUGAAUAAAAUGCGUCAGUGUGCGGAAACGCAGAUACAGGGCGAAACGAAUCCAAUCAACCAGCUAUAA